GAAUAACAAUCGAGUAACUAUCAGAUUUGACAGAAAAUGAGUUAAAAGAAAUGUGUCCGCAAAUGGCCACAAGAAUUAAAGUUCGACAAAAAAUUGAGACUAUGCGUGCAGAAAAUUACGAUAAUGUAGCUGAGGAUGUCAAUGACUCUCGUGCUACUGAUUACACGAUUUGUAAUGAAUCAUUGAAUUCAGAUCGAGCGCAUUUAUCACUAAACUGCGCUAUAUGCCACUAUGCGAUUAACAACUUUGAAGAUUAUGUUGUACACUUAGCCAGUAUUCAUAAUAUAACCCGUCAGUUUGUUUGUCCGAUAUCAAAUUGCUAUAGAUCUUAUCACUCUAAACAUAGUUUGAAAUAUCAUCUAAACAACAGCCACCAUUCCAAAAACGUAAUAUCAGUAUGGAAAAAUAAAAGAUCGAUUUUUAUUAAGAAUAUAAUUGAAUCAAAUCAUAAUGAAACCGGCUCACAUAACAUCAGCAUGGAUUCAGAAGGCUUUAAUAAUUCUGAUAAUAGAGAGAAUACUGAAAAUACUUUUCGUAAUGCAGAGAGUGAAGAAAGGGAACCGUCAAAUAUCGAAAAUAAAUAUUUUAUUCAAAUUGAACAAUUUAUAUCUCAACUAUACAGCUUUCUCAAUAUACCAAGAUCGUUUAUACAAUCUUUAAUAAAAUUAGUAGAAUCUUUAGUCUUAACUGUUGUUACCGAUAUUUCAGAAAUUUUUAAUAAUGUUGAUCAUGACACGCAUAAUGCAAUAAAACAAAUGAUGUUGAUCAUAUUUCAAAUAAAAAACUCAUUUUCGCAUUUGGGUACGGCGUAUAGGCGUCUUCAACAUUUCCUACAAUCUAAAUGUUAUAUUAAACCUUCAGAAGAAGUUAUUGGUACUGAAAAAAAGUAAAAAAAAAUUGACAAUAAGAUAAUUUUAUAUUUAAAAAAUAAGAAUGCUUAUAUUGUUCCUCUUGAUAAAACUUUAAAAUUGUUUCUGGAGCUACCUGGAGUUUUCGAAACAAUUUGUAAUUAUCAAAAAAAGUUAAUACAAGAAAAAAAUAAAAAUAAUUCCAUCUUGCGAAAUAUUGUUCAAGGUAGCUUAUGGAACAAAGUUAGUAAAAAUUUUGAUGAGGAUCAGAUUUUAUUGCCUUUGAUAGUAUUUUUUGAUGAUCUUGAAACCGGCAAUCCUCUCGGAAGUCAUGCUGGAAAAAACAA